AUGGGAGAUAAAACUGAAUUGAAUGAAUUCCGGGAAAUGCAGAUGAAAAUCGGUUUCGAAGACGAAAAUAUUUUAUUUGUUGAAUCCGAUAAUGUUUUUACACAUAAUAACGGUGACGAAUAUUCUGGACAAUUUUCCGCAUUUAAAGACAAACAAAGAAUUGUAAUGGAAGGUUAUGGAACGUAUAAAACUAAUGAUAAUCAAUUAUACGAAGGGAUUUGGGAAAAUGAUAAUCUUAAAGAAGCAAGAAAAAUAAUUUUUUCUGAUUUAUCAGAAUUUAGCGGAUUUUUAGAAGAAAUGAUAAUUCAAGGUCCAGGACAAUAUAAAUUUGAUAAUGUGGAAAUAAGUGGAAAUUUCGUUCACAAUAAUUUAUUGGGAAAUAUUUUCUUAAAGGAUCCAAAUAAUCACAUUUGGUUAGGAAAUGUAAAACCUUAUGAUUUAUUUAUUUUGUUUAAUCCAUUACAUUCAUUUUGGCAAUCUGUUUUAAAUUUACCACAAAAACAAAGCACAUUUUAUUGA